AUGCAGUCUGCUUCUACAAACAUUUGUGAAAGACUGUGCAAUAAGUAAACCCGUGAUAUUUCCUUGCUACAAAAUAUUCCACAGUCAACUGUUAGUGGUAUUAUAACAAAGUGGAAGAAACUGGGAACAACAGCAACUCAGCCACAAAGUGGUAGGCCACAUAAGAUAACAGAGUGGGGUGAGUGCAUGCUGAAGCACAGAGUGCACAGAAGUUGUCAACUGUAUACAGAAUCAAUAGCUAAACACCUCCAAACUUUGUGUGGCCUUCAGAUUAGUACAACAGCAGUGUGUACAGAGCUUCAUGGAAUCGGUUUCUAUAGCUGAGCAGCUGCAUCCAA